AUGGUGUCCACAUUUGUAGCGCUGAUAUUGGCCAUAUUUAUUGGUAUUUUUAUAUGUUACCCCCCACCCCCCCUGACGAAAAAUCUGGAAAAAUGGCAAAACGAAGGCGACUAUGUAAUUUAUGAAAAUAAAAUCAUUUUUUAUAAAGUUUUUUCACCAGAUAUACCAGGUAAAGGUGAAGGUAGUGUUUUAUGUUUACAUGGUUUUCCUUCUUCAAGCUAUGAUUGGGUCAAGAUUGUAGAAGAUUUGAAGAAUAAUUUUAAAAAUGUUAUUGUGUUUGAUUUUCUUGGGUUUGGUUUCAGUGAAAAACCAGUAAGUUAUAAUUAUACUAUAACAGAACAGGCUGAUAUCAGUUUAUAUCUACUACAACACUUACAAGUACAUAAAGUUCAUCUAUUAUCUCAUGAUUAUGGUGAUACAGUAGCAUUAGAAAUAUUAGCUAGGUUGAAGAAAAAUGAAAUAAAAGGAGUUACAAUUAAAUCUUUAAGUAUGUUGAAUGGAGGUAUAUUUCAAGAUACCCAUCACCCACGAUUUCUUCAAAAGGUUUUAUUGUAUCCGGUUUUAGGAAGGUUUUUAUCCAAGUUUGUUUUUUAUAAUAUAUUUAGUAUAGGGUUUUCCGAGGUGUUUGGGACCAAUAAACCUACAGCUGAUGAAAUGUGGGAAUUUUGGGUUUGUUUAAGAUAUAAAGAUGGUACUGGUGUUUUAGCAGAUGUGAUCAAUUUCUUACCAGAAAGAAAGAAAUAUAAUGAAAGAUGGGUCGGUGCUUUAAAAUCUAUAGAUAUUCCAGUUCAAAUGAUCUAUGGACCAGCAGAUCCUGUCAACCCUUCACCCCAAUUUAAUCAGGUUUUUAAAAAAUUGGUACCUCAACACAAGUUGGUGGAAUUAGACAGUAAAAUUGGACAUUAUCCUCAAUGGGAAGAUCCAGCUCGUGUUGCUGCAGAAUUUAUCAAAUUUGUACAAUCUGUUCCAAACUAAUUAUUCUUAUAUCUUGUUAUGUUUUUAUCUAUUAAAUUUUUACAAAAACG